AUGUCUUGUGCAGCGGGAAAUACGGAUGUGGUUUUAUUUCUACUCAGAAAUGGGGCAGACCCCCGGAUGCCAUCUGAGACCGGCCAGACAUGUCUCCAUCACCUUCAAGCCUUCCCGAAUGGCGAUAUCGAGAAGAUUGCCACGGCACUACUAAAAGCAGGGGCAGAUAUUGAAGCAAAAGAUCAUGACCAGCACAACACGCCGCUUCAUUCUGCUUGUCUCCAAGCCAGAGGACCUGCGGCAGCCGUUGCGGUCCAGGUUUUGCUCAGGUACGGGGCGGACCCUUGUAGUGUUGCACGCGACGGUCGUUCACCCACCGAUAUUGCCGCAAUGCGUUUACGUCCUGAUCUUCUCCAUGCUCUGCUGCAAUCAUCCAAAUUCUCUGGGGCAGAAGGUACAUUACGCAAAUCUCAGGCCAAAGCUCAGGCCUUGAGCGCAUUGAUCAUGCAACUGAAAACACAGCGUCUUCGUUAUGGAGGGUUACAAUUUGAAGACCACUUGGAGAAUGUCUUAAACAUCCUUGUUUCAACAUCAACGCUGGCAGCAUACGUCAAAGCACACGCGAAAGGACAUCACCCGCUCCAAGACGCUUGCAUCUGGGGCUCUGCAGAUAUGAUCGAACCUCUACUUUCCCAUCCUGAUAUUGAGGUUAACCCCGCAUUUCGUGAAGGCCUUUCGUACAGAGUCGGUAUGGUACCCCUGUUUGACGCCAUUCGGACAAGAGAUAUGAACCUCUUCAGAGCCUUUUUGUCUGCUGGUGCGGACAUAACGGCAAGGGACGAACAGAACAGAAAUGUCCUCCAUAUUGUCGCAGAGUUCAUGCCUAGCCUCAUCGAUGAGACCAUCACACGGCUGAGUGACCUCGGAAGCGACCUGAGCGAUCUAGUCAAUUCGGGCGCCACGGGAACUGGCUUCACACCCUUCGACAUGGCUGUGCAGAGCGAACAUUUUGACUGCGCCCGCGUUUUGUUCAAACACGGCGCGAAAUAUGACAACUUCACUCGCCCGGGCAUGGCCGGCGAGUACUACAACAGUUUUCAAUACGCGGCUGGUUCACAAACACAGUUGAGCUUCCUACUUGGCUUGGAGGGAACUCGAAAAAAUCAUGGUUUGGUAGUCUGUGACAACGGGUUCACUUUAUUUCACUUGGCAGCGGCUAGUUUUGACAAUGCACUGCUCGAGACCGACCCUUCUUCGGCUGAUAUCACGACGUUUCUGCUUCGCCAUACUGCCACCGUAGAGGACGCAAAUCAGGUCUGCCAUCAAGGGUCGACCCCUCUCCACGUAGCUGCUUACUUUGGGAACACUGCCGUCGCGCGCAUGCUGUUGGAUCAGGCUGGUGCGGACGUGAAUGCGAGAACCCGGACAGGGGCGACUCCGUUCGAUCAUCUCAUUGCUCGGGAUCAGGGUCAAGGAACCGACCAGGACGAGAUAAAACGAGUAGACGACCUUGAGAAGCGGACAUGGAAAAGAAGAACGGAGGAGAUGCGGGAUCUUCUUCGGAGUUACGGUGGCUUGGGAGGACGUGAAUUGGAGAGCACAAGGGCUCGGCAGGGGUCGAGGACAGAGGUUUGA